AUGCCGGUGAUGGCGGAGAAGCUCGACGUGGAGGGUUUCGUAAAGGAGCUCUGCGGAGGGUUUCAGUUACUCUGCGACUCCGAGAAAGGGCUCAUCACGGCGGAGAGCCUGCGGGCGAAUUCGGAGCUUGUGGGGAUGGAAGCGAUGACGGAGCAAGACGCGGAAGCCAUGGCGAGAGAAGGAGAUCUGAACGGCGGCGGCAACGGAUGUAGAUCUGCUUCUUCUUCUUCCCUAUUUGGGGUUUUUUUUACUUAA